AUGCGCAGCAGUCGACUUCUUCUUGCAGCCCUCCUCGGGUCUGCACGCGCGGCGACUCUCGACCGUCGCGCUCAAUGCGCCUCUACUCUGAGUCUCGCAACUACCGUGGCGAACCAGCUCCAGACGCGUUACGACGCCAGCACUGGGAACUACAACGAUGGAGAGCUUUGGACGGACUCGAACGCCGUCGAAGACCUUCACAACCUGAUGCUCGCCGCGGGCACCACGACGUGGGGGAGUGUCGGCGAAACUUCGCGCAUCGGUAAGGCGGCGCUCAACUCGGGUACAGACUGGAGCAGCAUCGUCGCGGGUAGUUGGGACGAUAGCCAGUGGAUCAUCUUGGCUCUGUGGAAGAUCGCCGACUAUCGCAGUGCGCAUGGACAAGAUAUAACGCCCUACAUGAAUGCCGCUAGUCAACUCUACAACCUCGUCGCGGCCCAGUGGGAUACAACUUGCGGAGGAGGAGUCUGGUGGUCCAGCGCGCGCGACUACAAGAACGCGGUCACGAAUGAGCUCUUUCUGCUCACUUCGGCGUCCGGCUACCUCAGGACAGGCAACGCGGACUACCUCACAAACGCGAAGAAGACUUGGGCGUGGCUGGAGGGCUCCGGCAUGCGCAACUCGCAAGGUCUGUUCAACGACGGGCUCGUCACCUCCACCUGCGCCAACAACGGCCAGACGACGUGGACCUACAACCAGGGUGUUAUCGCGUCCGGCCUGGGCGCGUUGUACACCGCAACUGGCAAUGCCACUCUCCUCGAUCAGGCUGAAAUCACCCUCGAUGCUACGAUCGCGCAUCUUACGACCAACAACAUCCUCAAGGAAUCUUGUGACGACGCCGCGUCCGGUGGAGCCCAGUGUAAUCACGAUCAACAAAUCUUUAAGGGUAUCUGGACGAAACACCUCCAAUACUACCUCGACCAAGCUAACUCCGCUUCACGCACGGCAAAGUACGCUUCCUUCCUCGGCUCUCAAUCCUCGGCGGCGCUUCACUACGGCAAGAACGCUGCCAACGAUGUCGGUUCGGUGUGGUAUGCGCCUGACCAAGGUGGAUCUGUCUUCUCGCCAGAAGCAACGUCGAGUGGUCUGGCCUGCUUCGUGUCAGCCGCCAAGUACGGACCGUGCUGA